AUGUGGUUGGAAAUAUUAUUGGUUAUCUCGGUGUUGUCCGGGACCUUAGCGCUAUUCCUACUUUAUGCGGAUCCCGCGGAAAGGGAAAGCGUUGGCGGCAUUGUCCCGGAGCUGAGGCCUACCCCGCUUAGUUCGCGAUGGUCGAGGCUGCAAUUGUUCAAGGACGAGGAGGACGCAGCGAGAAAUGUGAAAACAGUGACUGUGUCCAAAGACACAAUUUAUGCCAUGAUGCAGAGGGGCGUUUACGCCCUAAACACAAAGGACGUCAAAGCUGACGACGAAGGAAACGCGAUCGACAAUGGCGAGGACGACCGGUGGGCCCGAGAGCUAAUGGAACGCAUGUGCGCCGAACUGGACUUACACCAUCCGAAUGUAAUGUCAUUGAACCGGCUCGUUAACGAUUAUUGCGAUGAUUUGGAAAAAAUGAUGAACGAAUUCGAAGAGUCACUAUGUUGUUACAAUAACAGUUUGGCCCAACUUACCGAAAAGCGUAUGGCUGUUGAAAAAGAGAUAAAAAUACAGUCUGCCCAAUGCAAGCAGCCAGACGCCGACGAGAAGGUUGUGGCUACGACCAACGACGAAAGCAGUCAUCGCCACUGGAAACCACGUCCCGUGUCCAUUAGAGACAAAAUCGUUGUGGCCAGCCGGGCCGACGACGACUUUCUAACAACAAUCGAACAAUUCGGAAAGGAACCUCAUAAAUAA